AUGGUUCGCGGCAUCGUCCUCGUCGUCGCCGGCUCCGACUCCGGCGGUGGCGCCGGGAUUCAGGCCGACGUCAAGGCCAUCACCGCCCUCGGUUCCUUCGCCGCGACCGCCGUCACCGCGCUCACGGCGCAGAACACUCUGGGCGUCCGCGACGUGCACGUCGCCCCGACUGAAUUCAUCACCGCCCAGAUCGAUGCCGUCGCGGAUGAUUUAAGACCGAACGCGGUGAAGACGGGGAUGCUCGCCGACGGACCGACGACGCGACGCGUCGCGCAGGACAUUAAGAGACAUCAACUGAAGAAUGUCGUCGUGGACACGGUGAUGCGCGCGAAAGGCGGCGCAAGCCUGAUGGACGCCGACGCGAUCGAUGAUCUUCGAGACGAGCUGUGUCCGCUGGCGACGAUCGUGACGCCGAACGUCCCGGAGGCGGCGGCGCUCCUGGGGAUGGAUGAGGAGGCGUUCGGACGGGUGGACAUGGCGACGCGGGCGAAAGAGCUCGGGACGCGGUUACAGAGCGAGUGGGUCCUUCUCAAGGGUGGACACUGCGCGGAGAAGGACAAGGGUGGGGUGGCUAUAGAUUAUUUAUACGAACGUGCGACGGGGGAGACGACGACGUUCGAAGGGGUGCGAUUCUCGACGCCGCACACGCACGGAACCGGGUGCACGCUGGCGAGCUCGAUCGCGGCAUCUCUAGCCCAGGGAUACGACGUCCCGACCGCGGUGCGAAGGGCAAAGGUGUACAUCUCGGAGGCGAUUCGCACGAAUCCCGGGUACGGAACGGGCCACGGCCCGCUGAAUCACUUGCCGUAUUACGCGGCGACGGCUUCGAUGGGCAAGGUGUUCCGGCCGAGCGCUUUGCGUCUGUAUCUCGUCUCCUGCGAGGCGUUGACGCUGGAGAAACUCGAGCAAGCGCUUCAGAGCGGAGUAACCAUCGUGCAGAUGCGGGAUAAGAAUCCAUCGACUCGAGCGCUCGUGGAGCGCGCUCGUGCGAUGAAGGCGGUGUGCGACAGGUACUCUGUCCCGUUCAUCGUCAACGAUCGAUGCGACGUUGCCAUCGCCGUCGAUGCCGACGGUGUGCACCUCGGACAGUCCGACAUGACCUGUGUCGAGGCUCGAAACAUCUUAGGACCGAACAAGUGGAUCGGUGUGAGCUGUCGUACGGAGGACCUUGCGCGCGCCGCCAAAGUCGACGGAGCCGACUACAUUGGCUGCGGCGCCUGCUUCGGCACCGACUCCAAGGGCGACGCCCAGGUCAUUGGCGUCGACGGCGUCGCUAAAGUCGCCGCCGUCGCUCGCGAAAUCCUCCUUCCGAUCGUCGCCAUCGGCGGCAUCUCCUGCGAAACCGCCUCGGACGUGCGCGCCCGCACCGGCGCCGACGGCGUCGCCGUCAUCUCCUGCGUCGCCAACGCCCCCGACGUCGCCGACGCCGUUUGCAGACUCUUAGCGUGA